UAGCAAAUGCCGCUCUUUGACGCACUCUCGCGCUUCAACGGUCCAACUUUGACUCUCUUCCUCGUUCGGUUUCUGGCCCUCUUCAACUUCAGCAAUCCGGCAUGGCCUUCCCAAAUCCCCUAAACCCUAGAAGUGCACCGCUGAAACCCUGCAGUUCUUGAUCAGUCAUCUCCAUUGUGAGAUUAUGAGCCCCCAUAUGAUGGAUUUGGCCCUGGAUUUCCUGGUUCCGUCUUUGUGGGAGGUCAAAGUCACAGUGGCCACCUCCAUGUUUGUGAUAAUCGCCUAUUGGUUUUUCACGUACAGAACUGGAGACUUGGAUGUUGAUCGAGUACUUGUUGACAAUUCCGCGGAUGCUUCUGACGACAAAGACAAGAUGGUCCAGUUUAGAGGAGAUUCUCAGACCAAUUCGGCAUAUUUGAUUAAGUUGGAACUUUUGGCUGCUAAGAAUCUUAUUGGUGCAAAUUUAAAUGGCACGUCAGAUCCUUAUGCUAUCAUCACAUGUGGCAAUGAGAAGCGCUUCAGUUCCAUGGUUCCUGGUUCAAGAAAUCCUAUGUGGGGUGAGGGAUUCAAUUUCUCUGUUGAUGAACUUCCUGUCCAGAUUAAUAUCACCAUAUAUGAUUGGGAUAUUAUUUGGAAAAGUGCUGUUCUAGGUUCAGUGACUGUUCCAGUUGAAAGCGAAGGUCAAACUGGUGCAGUAUGGUAUACAUUAGAUAGCCCAUCAGGGCAGGUUUGCCUUCACAUCAAAACAAGAAAACUGUCUGCAAAUUCUUCCAGGAUGAAUGGCUAUGUCGGAGUCAGCACUCGAAGAAGGAUGCCUACAGAAAAGCAAGGGCCAACGGUUGUUCAUCAAAAGCCAGGGCCUCUCCAGACAAUAUUUAAUCUUCUUCCGGAUGAGGUUGUUGAACAUAGUUACUCUUGUGCACUUGAGAGGUCAUUUUUGUAUCAUGGUCGUAUGUAUGUCUCAGCGUGGCAUAUUUGCUUCCAUUCUAAUGUGUUCUCCAAGCAAAUGAAGGUGGUUAUUCCAUUUGAGGAUAUAGAUGAGAUUCGAAGGAGUCAGCAUGCAUUUAUUAAUCCUUCUAUAACAAUUAUUCUUCGUAUGGGUGCGGGUGGACAUGGUGUGCCUCCUUUGGGAAGUCCUGAUGGCAGAGUAAGAUACAAAUUUGCAUCAUUUUGGAAUAGGAAUCAUACAUUUAGAAAUUUACAACGUGCAGCAAAGACUUUCCGUGAAAUGCUGGAAGCUGAGAAGAAGGAAAAUGCAGAGUCAGAAUUGCGUGCACAUAGCAGUUCUGUUAGGGGAAAUAAGAUACCAGAUAAGGUUCCUGAAGAAAAAAUGGGAAAAACUGGAACGUCUCAACCUUUUGUCAAAGAAGAGGCUUUAGUUGGUAUAUAUAAUGAUGUUUUCCCUUCCAAGGCUGAGCAGUUCUUUAACUUGUUAUUUAACAAUGAUUCAAAAUUUACAAGCGAGUAUCGUUCAGUACGAAAGGAUACUAAUCUAGUGAUGGGACAGUGGCAUACAGCAGAUGAAUACGAUGGUCAGGUCAGAGAGAUAACCUUCAGAACCCUUUGUAACAGUCCUAUGUGCCCUCCAGACACUGCCAUGACAGAGUGGCAACAUGUUGUUCUAUCGCCAGACAAGAAAAAAUUGGUGUUUGAAACCGUCCAACAGGCACAUGAUGUACCAUUUGGGUCCUAUUUUGAGGUGCAUUGUAAAUGGAGUUUGGAGGCGAUUAAUGAAAGUUCAAGUACGUUGGACAUAAAAGUGGGUGCGCACUUUAAGAAAUGGUGUGUGAUGCAAUCUAAAAUCAAGGCUGGGGCAAUCAAUGAGUACAAGAAAGAAGUUGAUGUCAUGUUAGAAGUUGCCCGAUCUUAUGUAAACAACAACGCUUCUGGUGGUGAGAUUGACACGGCGGUUUCAACCCCCGCAACUUCUGACAACUCCUGAAGUUUCUGGCUGCUUCGGAUCAGGAUUUCUUUCUGUGUAAUAUUGUAACGCCCCCCACCCCCAACAAAAAAAAAAAAAAACUUUUCACUUGCUGAGCCCCAGAAGUAAAUGUGGUGGCGGUAGGUUUGUCUCGUGUAUCUUCUCCUUCAGUACUUUCAGGAUGUCAUCACAAAGGAUCCUGGUGUUUCCACGUUACGUGAACGCUUUUAUGGAAUUUUGAUGUUCUGGUUGUUCAUGUGUUUAAAUGUUUUAUCCAA